UAAGUGAACCUGGCGACGUCGCGGGUCGCGACUCCCCUCCCGGCCGCGGCGAGAGGAUUCGCGGCAACUCGCGGCGCCCUUGGAAUCCCGGCGGAUCCUCCGCGCGCACGACUCGACGAAGGUAAUCUUGAGCAAAACGAGGCAAGAUGCCGGCCGUCAGAGGAGAUGGUAUGCGUGGAUUGGCGGUAUUCAUAUCGGACAUCAGGAAUUGCAAAAGUAAAGAGGCAGAAAUUAAAAGAAUUAACAAGGAACUAGCAAACAUACGCAGCAAGUUUAAAGGAGACAAAACACUCGAUGGAUAUCAGAAAAAGAAAUAUGUUUGCAAGCUGUUAUUUAUUUUCCUUCUUGGCCAUGACAUCGAUUUUGGACAUAUGGAAGCUGUCAAUCUACUUUCAUCAAAUAAAUAUUCAGAGAAACAAAUUGGAUAUCUUUUCAUAUCGGUCCUAGUGAACACUAAUAGUGAUCUGAUUAAGUUAAUCAUACAAAGUAUAAAAAAUGAUCUCGCCUCACGCAAUCCAAUUCAUGUUAAUUUGGCGCUGCAAUGUAUUGCCAAUAUCGGUAGUAAAGAAAUGGCGGAAGCCUUCGGCAAUGAAAUUCCAAAAUUGCUUGUCUCAGGAGAUACCAUGGACGUUGUGAAACAAAGUGCUGCGUUAUGUCUACUGCGACUAUUGCGGACAGCUCCCGAUGUCGUACCUGGCGGUGAAUGGACGUCACGUAUAGUUCAUCUGUUGAACGACCAACAUUUAGGCGUUGUAACAGCCGCAGCAUCACUCAUAGACGCUCUUGUAAAAAGAAAUCCUGAUGAAUAUAAAGGCUGCGUUAGUCUUGCAGUUUCGAGAUUAAGUAGAAUUGUUACGUCGAGUUAUACAGAUCUGCAAGAUUAUACGUAUUACUUUGUACCAGCCCCAUGGUUAUCUGUCAAGUUAUUACGUCUGCUGCAGAACUAUACACCACCAGCCGAAGAUCCAGGUGUGAGAGGCAGAUUAAACGAAUGUUUAGAAACAAUAUUAAACAAAGCUCAAGAACCACCCAAGUCAAAGAAGGUCCAGCAUUCAAACGCGAAAAAUGCUGUUCUCUUUGAAGCCAUUAGUUUAAUUAUUCACAACGAUAGCGAGCCGAAUCUCCUUGUACGAGCAUGCAACCAGCUCGGUCAAUUUUUAUCGAAUCGAGAGACCAAUUUGCGAUACCUGGCACUCGAAUCUAUGUGCCAUUUGGCUACUUCAGAAUUCUCGCACGAAGCCGUAAAGAAACACCAAGAAGUAGUCAUAUUAUCAAUGAAGAUGGAGAAGGAUGUUUCUGUGAGACAGCAAGCAGUAGACCUAUUAUAUGCCAUGUGUGAUAAAAGCAAUGCCGAAGAGAUUGUCCAAGAAAUGCUAAAUUAUUUGGAGACAGCUGAUUACUCGAUUAGAGAAGAAAUGGUUCUUAAAGUAGCGAUUCUAGCGGAAAAAUAUGCGACCGAUUAUACUUGGUAUGUUGAUGUUAUCCUAAAUCUAAUUAGGAUAGCAGGCGAUUACGUAUCUGAGGAAGUUUGGUAUCGAGUUAUUCAGAUUGUUAUCAAUCGAGAUGAUGUUCAGGGCUAUGCUGCAAAAACCGUCUUUGAGGCUUUGCAAGCACCCGCUUGUCACGAAAAUAUGGUUAAAGUCGGUGGUUAUAUACUUGGAGAAUUUGGUAAUCUCAUAGCUGGCGACCAACGGUCUUCACCAGCUGUCCAGUUUCAACUACUACAUUCCAAAUAUCAUUUAUGCUCUCCUAUGACUCGAGCAUUGUUGCUUUCGACGUACAUAAAGUUUGUCAAUUUGUUCCCCGAAAUACGAAGCCAGAUCCAAGAUGUCUUCAGACAGCAUAGUAAUUUACGUAGCGCAGACGCUGAGUUACAACAAAGAGCCUCAGAAUACCUGCAAUUGAGUAUUAUUGCUUCAACUGAUGUCUUGGCCACCGUAUUGGAAGAAAUGCCAGCAUUCCCCGAAAGGGAAUCCUCCAUUCUUGCAGUUUUAAAGAAGAAGAAGCCGGGCCGAGUACCAGAGAACGAAAUUAGAGAAAGCAAGAGUCCAGCGCCAAACACUAAUCAUCACACUGAACCUCCUCCUACUGCUGCUACAACCGUGACAGUUAACAAUUCUUCUGCUGAUUUGCUAGGACUGUCAACUCCACCUUCCUCACAACCAUCUAGUAAUACAGGCGUAUUGCUUGAUGUUUUGGGAGAUAUUUAUAAUAUGCCAAAUAAACUUGGUACUACCAACGGCACCCAAAAUACAUACAAUCCUAAAAAGUUUGUUUGUAAGAAUAAUGGUGUUUUGUUCGAAAAUGACUUGAUACAAAUCGGUGUAAAAUCGGAGUUUAGACAAAAUCUUGGACGUGUGGGUCUUUUUUAUGGAAACAAGACGCAAUAUGCCUUGCACAGUUUUCAACCGCAAUUAUCUUGGACAGACGAGAAUCAAGCAAAGUUAGCUGUACAAGUAAAACCUGUUGAUCCUAUAUUGGAAGCUGGCGCUCAGAUCCAGCAAAUGAUCAAUGCAGAAUGUAUUGACGACUAUAAUGAUUCGCCGAGCAUGAUUAUCUCCUUCAUUUACAAUAAUGUGCCACAGAAGAUCACAAUGAAGUUACCAUUAACAAUUAAUAAGUUCUUCGAACCAACAGAAAUGAAUGGGGAAUCAUUCUUUGCAAGAUGGAAAAAUCUUGGCGGAGCGAAUCAACAACGAUCACAAAAGAUUUUCAAAGCGCAACAACCUAUGGAUCUAACACAAGUACGCACGAAACUACAAGGAUUUGGAAUGCAACUGCUUGAUGGCAUUGAUCCGAAUCCCGAUAACUUUGUCUGUGCUGGUAUCGUUCAUAUGAGGGCGCAGCAAGUGGGUUGCCUGUUACGUCUUGAACCUAAUAAACAAGCCCAGAUGUUCCGUUUAACAGUACGUUCGAGUAAAGAAUCGAUGUCGGUAGAGAUCUGUGACCUGCUGGUGGACCAAUUUUAAACGGCCUAGCAGGCGUAAAUAUUAUCGAAAAAUUAGUACUACGUCGUGAGAAGACAUAUCAUUAUCGAACGAUGAUGUCAUCUCGCGUCGUUCAAAAAGAUAUUGAUGGUUAUUUGUUAAGAAAUAUUUGCGUUGUACCCAAGCUUACACUCAAUAACGCUCUUAUCUAAGAUCUAUAUCUUCGUGUAGGUAGUUUCGUGUCACUAUAUAUCAUUUUAUUGAAGAGGCAUAAGUUUGAAUCAGGACUAUCGAAAUUAAGUACUGAAAAAAACGAGGGAUAUAUAUAUAUGAACUGGCUAUGACAGACAGUAUUAUCUCAUAAUCGAGGAUACUAAGGUGUGGAUCUGUUUUGAAUGUCUACAUCUUAUAUUACAAUCUACAAUUUAAGCGGAUGAAGCGAGAAUGAAGAAGCUAGAUUAGUUAUGGAUAUGUACGUAUUGUAGAAACACUCGAGCCACAUUAUAGAAACAAAGCAUACAAGAUUUUUUUACUGAGUUUUAUAAUACAAGUUUCUCUUCGUAUCGUUGCAAUUUAUAUAGUUUUAAAACAUCGAUUAAUCACUUCGAUUGUUCAGAGUAGAAUAUCUCUCUUGGCACAUCAUUUUCUUUUAUAUCGUUUUAUACCUACGCGUCAUUAUUAUUCAUAUUCAUGAAUUGCUUGCAUUGGUAUUUUGCCAUGAGAUUUUGCCGCGUGAGCGAGAGUAGAUUUGGGCACAAUGACAGUAGUUGUAUAAUAUGAGCUGUUUAUCUAGAUACCCUUAUAUUUAACGGAACUGCGAUUUAAUUAUUGUGUACAAUUAAUAGUUUAUAUUUAAUUGUCUUUGUCCUGAUCUUGAGUUUGAACAAUGUCUUAGAUUGACCUAGAUUUUCUGUAUCAUUGAUUAGAGUAUAAAUCCAUGGCUGGUCAUUUCUGUGUUUGCAAAAAAGAUGAGAGGUAUAUCGUAUUAUAGUAUAUUAUUAAAAAUUGAAUGUCUACAGAUUAAUUAUUUGUAAUUAUAGAAGUACAUUUUCAGAGUCUUUGCGUAAGAUGUAUAUGUUUAGUAGAGUGUACAACUCUGUACAGAUAAUAUUUGAAGUUAAUAAUAUGUUGAUUAUGAUAAUAACAGCGGGAAGAGAGCAGCUCUAAUUAUGAUUUAAAUAUCGCUUUAUAACGAUCGGUGACGUGUUACCGACUUUGUAAAGCCUUACACAAUUGUACAUAUAAAAUUGAUCACAAAUGGCUAUAAAUAUUUUCAGGAUAGAUUGCGCUAUUCAUAGCCACAAGCUCAAAUUUGUUUCUUAUUCUUCAAUUAUGUUUUAUUCUUCAGGGAAGUAAGAUGUAUAUUUUUCAUAUUCAUAUAGUGUAAAUUCAUGUGUCUAAUGUUCCCAUUAUAUUUCUUUUCUUUUAUAUUGUAUUGUGUAUUAGCUGUAUUUUAAUUAUAGUAUAUACAGGUCGAGAGAACAUGGCGCUAUCAGUUUUUACGACUUGAUUUAAUGAGAUUUUAUUAUCAUCAUUAUUUCCUUCUCUCCCUUUUUUAAAUAUUAUUUGUCAUGAUAGAAUAUUUUACUAUUAGAUAUAAUUGUACGAUUAUAAUUGUCGUUAAAUCAUAAGCAAUAUGAAACGAAAUAUGGGUGUUUUAUAUUUUCACUUCUCUCGUUCUUAUAGAACAGUUAAUAUUUCAGAGACUAUUAACAGUAUAAUUUUUUUUAUCUAAACUAGGUACAAAUUGCUAUAAAAUUAUUUAUCAUUUUUUUAUUGCGGUACUGACAUAUAAUCCAAGCUAAAAUUAUAAUCUAUAAAUUAUUAUUAUUAGAAAGAGAGAAGAGGAUAACAAUUUGCUGUGUUAUACCAUUAUAGAUCUUUUUACGUAUAAAUGUGUAAUAUAUAUGUAAAAUUGGUAUAAUUUGUGUUUUAUAUAUUAAUGACA